CAGAUAUUUCAGAGCCAUCCUCUGCAUCUGUCAAAGAAAAGAGAGAGUUUUUUGAAGAGGCUCAAAAAGCUGAAAUUAAUAAGACCUAUAUGCGAAAGGAUCCUAUUGCUAUCCCUGAAUGACUAGGCCCAGACAUGGAGGAGUGUGAGGCAGAGAAUAAGAACAAAGAAAAGGAUGAGCUUCCCAGGGCGGACAUGUCUAGUCUUGUAAACAAAUUUGAAUCACCAGAAGAGAAACUAUGUAUCAGAAAAGCGCUUAUCCCACUCACAGAGCGGCUUCACAAUGACGUUGAAAGCACAGAUUCUGACAAAGAGAAAGCAGACAUCCUGGAACAGGAGAUGCCAACUUUUGACAUCCAGGCUAUUAAAAAUGUUUUUGAACUGGAUGAGCAAAGUUCCUCAUUCAGAGAGGAGAAAAAACAUCAGGAGGAGCCUGUGUCAAGCCUGAGUGAAACAACAGCAGACACUUCAAAGCGGGAAAGUCCUCAAGAGACAAAGGGAGGCUCACGGCAGAGCACCCCCCUCCCUCCGCAGAAAAAUGAGGUAGAAACUGUGCCAGCAGAACCAUCAGCCUUCUCUGAAACCAAAUCAAUCACAGAACAUUUCUCAAAUGUUGAUGAGUUUGGUAACAAGGUCACCGGAACAAGGACAGCUGUCACUGAGCACUCUGAGAGUGUGUCAACCCAACAGGCUCCCUUUUCCUAUGCUGAUGCAGUUAAAAGAAAAGCUGCAGCAGUGAGGCGAACAGAAACGUAUGAUGACGAUGCUACUGAGAAGUUGCUGAGGAAUUUCCACAAAACGUGGUCAGAGAGUGAGACAGUGUUCAAGAGUCUUGGCUACACUGUUUCUGAGGAGACAACAUCACAAGUUGUGUCACAUCAGACGAAGAUUGUCUCAUCUGGUUCGAGUUCCGAAGUCGGAGCUCUGCACAGUAUGUCGGAGGAGAGCUUAUCCGAUGGAUGCUCUGAUAGUGGACAAAAAAAAGUACCAUAAAUCCUGUUUCUGCUGUGAGCACUGCAGAAAUAAAUUAAGCCUAGGAAAUUACGUCUCUCUCCAUGGACAUUUCUACUGUCUACACCAUUACAAACAACUCCUCAAGUCCAAAGGGAACUACGAUAAUGGACUUGGGCAGAAACCUCCUGCAGGAAGUGCUGGACCUAUCCCCUCAGAUGCACUUGAAUGGAGAUAUUCCAUGAGCAGCCUAAGUUCAGUAGACAAAACACACAGUGGUGAAAACGAUAUGACACAAAUAUGUGAUAAAAGCAAACCACACUGCAACAAAAUAUCUGUAGUUUGGCCCCCACAGGCCGAUCCCCAGAAGAAAGCCUUUAAAAUAGAGGAAGACAUUCAGCUAACUAAACCACAAUGGCCCCCUCCUGACAAGUCCCCCAAGUCACCAAAACACCAACACAGAAAGGCUGUUCCCAGAAGUGUCCUUUGAAAUAAAGUCACCCAACUACACAGUUUAGUCAAAUAUAAAUCCAAAGAAGAAGCAAAAAAGAAUGAAUGGUACAAUAAGACGCUAGGAAAGGACUGUCCUGUUGGUACAGGUAAGGAAGUGUUUGGUUGAAGGUCAUGCAGUCAAGUGAUUUAAAAGGGAACAUGAAAAGUAAGGAUAUGAAAGGAAACUGUGUGUAUACUUGUAAAUGGUGUGCAAGUAAGCAGGUUGUAACUGUAAUAGUAAGUACUAGAGAGAUAGAUGUGGAGAAAGGGUGGAAAGUGGAUGUAGACAGGAAGCAGUGUGCUUUGAACUGACAGGCUUGUCUCAUGAGUAAUAUUUCAUUCAUUGCAUUUUAUUUCUAUUUUUCCAGGCAUUUGGCAGUCACAUGUGUGACGUGUAGUAUUUGACAGAACAAGAUCAAAUCAAAUUUGACAAACAAUUAUCAAAAAUCAGUUUUAACUGCUACAACAGUUAUGGCUCGAAACAGCAUCAUGACAAAUUUAAGAUCUUGAUCAAAUAAAAUAGUGAUCUUCCUUUAAAUCUACAUUUCUGUUUAAUUCUAAAAUUAACUGGUUUAUUGUACAAUUCUCUCAAUUUAUUUUAUUUUUUUGCUACUGUAUGCCGGUUCAUGGAAAUAGUUUCAGUGUGUGGACUCUUCUGUUAUUUUUCAACAUAUCAACAUUUUGCAUUUUUUUUAGCACCUGGCGUGCAGACUACUAAAAGCAUCUUGGAAUUAUUUUAUUUAUAAUAUUGAAAGUAUAUAAUAUAAACAAGUGAACUGGUGAUAAUCAUGUUUGUUUUGGACAUUUGUAUCCUAUUUUGAACAACAAAUAUUUUGCAAUGAAGAAUUUUAUUUUUUAGAUUAGAUGGUUAUACCUUGCUUUGUACAAGAAAAUUCCUGAUUCUGUCAUGCUGUCAGGCUGGUUCACUUACUUUAUUGCUAAUCUAAGGGCAAUAAAAUAUUGAAUUUAA